AUGAAGGUGCUUGCUGCUUACAUGCUCGCUCGAUUGGGAGGGAACACCAAUCCUUCUGCCGAUGAUCUGAAAAGAAUUUUAGGAGCAGUUGGAGCUGAGAUUGAUGGACACAGAAUUGAGUUGUUCUUGUCCAAAGUCAAUGGAAAAAAUAUCGACGAGCUAGUUGCAUCUGGAAAAGAGAAGUUGGCAUCUGUGCCUUCCGUUGGUGACACUAGUGCUGCAGCUCCUCCUGCUGUUGUUCAGGAGACUAAGGAAGAGAAGGAUGAAGAAGAAGAAGAAGAAGAAGAGGACGAUGGACCUGAUAUUUUCGAUCUAUUUGGCCCUGACAACUAA